CAAAUGAAUUUAAAAAAUAAAUAAAUGUGUUCUGUUAUAGACAUCCAGUAAAAGAAAUAACUAUACUAGCACUUUGUACAUUUGAGGUAAUGCUGCAGAAUUUCCUAUUCUUACUAAUGAAAAAAAUUUGUAUUUCCACACUGCAUUGAGAAUGAUAGUUUGUUAUUAAUACACAAGCAUGGUAGGAAACAGUUUCCUGACCCACUUCCAGUAUUUAAAUAUUAACAGAUAGGAACUCAAUGCUCUUAACUGCUAGAACUAGGUAGGGAAACUAUCUCCCACCCUGUCUGAGCUGUACAAUUCAGAAUAUUUCUACAUGUUUUCUCAUUCUCAAACUUGAAAAUGGAAACAGCUCAAACACUUCUUUUUGCAAUUGACCUUUUCAUUUUAGUCUGUACUGUAACGUGAAUUAACUGGAAUGCUUGAGAAAAACACCAGUUGUGAUCUAAAGGAAAACACAUUUUAGGGAAUAAGGGUGGAUAGACAAUUUGAAAGAAGUUUCCAAAUUGUUUCUAAUUUCAAAGUCUCAUGCAAACAACCUUACUUGUAGCUGAAUAUAAAGAAUAUUUCUAACUGAAUCCAUUGUAUUUCAUACUGUGUUAAAUGUUCUUUUAUUUUAGGUAAUAGUAAAUCUCCUGUAAACUUUGCUAAUGUAGAUCUUCAUUGAAAACAGGGGUGGAUUCAAGGAAAAGAAUGAUCACAUAUCUAUUUUAGAAGUGAGAUAUCUUCAAUACACUGAGUUUGACAUUUUUACAAACAUAUCAGGUCUUACAUAACAUGUCUGAAUAUCAAAGACACAGUUCCAUUAGAUGGAUUUAUGCAUCUCUCUCAUUGUGCCCCAUAUGUUUUUUUCUGUUACAAUCCUCUAACACUGCCUUAGGCCUUUAUCCAGAAAACCUUUUCCUGUGGGUUCAAGAAUAAACAGUUGCAAGAUGGGCUGUUUCUUGGGACCCUGCAUGUAGAUUCAGUCCCCUCUCUUCCAUAAUGAUGAAUUCCUGUUGGAGAUACUCUCAAAGCAAGCCUGCUAGAUUAAUCAAGUGGAGUAAAGAGAGGUUGAAAGGGAUCUGCUGUUCAGCCAAAUAAGAAAAAAAAAAAAAAAAAAGUCUAAAAUCCUAAUUUUCAUCUCCCCAAAUACCUAUGAUGUAAAACCAAACAGAAAACAUUUUCAUGUUUGAAACAUUUUUUAUUAAAGCAGUUCUUACAUUCAGAUAUCAUGUAUUAAAAUAGUUGAGAAAAUCUGCUGAAUGAUUAAAGGAAUUGAUUUUCUCUGUCAGCUCUGUUAUUUCAAAAAUAACAAUAAUUUAAAAAUCAAUAGAUUCACUUGUGUUACUUGAAUCAGCAAGCUGUGUUUGACAGCUGCUGGAUCAUUUUUUUACAACUUGAACUGAUUUUUUUUUUGUGAAGGGCCCAAUAAAAUCAGAGUGUAGACUGAGAAAACCUAUAAGCAGGGCUUUUAAAGGAGAUAAGUUCUUUUUUCAUAGUAGCAGAGAUAGAAUCAAACGCCUUCAGAACAGCCCAUGCAACCUUGUGCAAAUAGCAAGAGAAAAAGUGCCACUGAGUAGUUGUUGUUAGCAUUGAGUCAAUUCUUAACUUCUAAGUUUCUCACAGUUCACUAAAUUCUUUGUUUCCUGCAUGCAAUGAAUGUUUCUCUCCCCAGAGAUUUGCCUUUUGACCAAGGGCCGUCGAACUGCCAGUGUACGAGCAGACACGUACUGUCGCCUCUACUCCCUCUCAGUGGACAACUUCAAUGAGGUUCUGGAAGAGUACCCCAUGAUGAGAAGAGCCUUUGAAACAGUGGCAAUUGAUAGACUUGACAGAAUAGGGAAGAAGAAUUCAAUCCUCCUCCAGAAGUUUCAGAAGGACCUCAACACAGGGGUUUUCAACAACCAGGAGAAUGAGAUCUUGAAGCAGAUUGUCAAGCAUGACAGGGAGAUGGUGCAGACCAUUGCCCCAGUGAGCCUGCAGCAGAUGUCUGUGCUGAACUCCAGCACCUCUGCCACCUCCUCAUCACGCAUCAGGACACAGUCCCCUCCUGUUUACACCACUGGCAGCCUGUCCCAUGGAAACCUGCACUCCCCCUCACCCAGCACACAGACACCCCAGCAAGCUGUCAUCCUCUCACCCUGCUCCUACACAACUGCCGUCUGCAGCCCGCCUGUACAGAGUCCCCUGGCCGGCCGAACUUUCCAGUAUGCCUCGCCGACAGCAUCACAGCUCUCCCUCAUGCAGCAGCAGCCACAGGCACCCCAGCCACCACCAGGUGCUGCACCCAAGAAUGAGGUCCACAAGAGCACCCAGGCCCUCCACAACACCAACCUGAGCCGGGAGGUGCGGCCCCUCUCUGCCUCACAGCCCUCCCUGCCCCAUGAGAUCUCCACCCUGAUCUCCAGGCCACACCCCACCGUGGGGGAGUCCCUGGCCUCCCUCCCGCAGCCUGCCCCUGGUGCCAGUGUGCCGCCGGCCAGCAGGGCCACUGUCCCCCAGCGGGUUUCACUCUUCCGACAGAUGUCCUCGGGAGCCAUCCCCCCGAACCGGGGGGCAGUGCCACCCACAACACCCCUGCAAAGGGAUUCUUCUGCAGUCUUAAGCACAGAGUCGGAGGGAGACAAACCAAGGUUCGCAUCAAACUUAUGAUCCCUGGUGACUACGAGAAACAGACUUGCAGCAAACUGAGAGCCGUCCCAGGAACUGUUUUAGCCUGUUUCCUCGUGUAUCCUAGCAGUCUACUUAUGAGAAAAAAAUACUUUAGACAGCUUUGCCCUACAUAACGAAUGUAAAUAUAUAUAUAUAUAUGGUAUAUAUAUAUAUAUCAAAAAAAGGAUUAAGAAAACUUGUUUGAAUUCGUGUCUUCCUUUCUUGCAAUCAUUAAAGAAGUCUAAAUUAUUCUGUAAUAUUAUUUAUUUAUAACAUGUUGACUUUAAAACCAGUCUAACAGAUUUCUUUGUUCACAAGGUUUCCCAUUUUCAUGGGAAAAUUGUCAACAUAGUAACAAAUUUCAAACAAGUAUAAAACAAUCAAUCUAACUAAAACAUAGCACUGACCAAGUGGUAUUCUGAAAACAUUGUUAUUUCAUUUAUUCAUAUACAUUGUUAAUAAUUUUUCAUGAAGAGUUCAGUUACUUCCAAUUGCAAUUCCUAUUUUUUGUGCUUUCCAUUCAGAAUUAGAUAGACAAACCAAGGCUGGCACUAGCACUCCUCUGGAUAGAUUGUAACCUCACACCAUAUCAACCCUUCUGUUGUUUCAGUAAACUGGGUGGACUUCAGUCUUCAUAUUGCUAAAGACUUUUACAAAGACUAUAAGUAUUGCCAUUGUAAAUACCUUUUUAGACCCAAAUAAAAAUAACUGCUGUGUGGUGUACCAUUGCAAGGUAUUUGUUUAGGAAUUUAGGUUCAGCUCUUCACUUCAAAAUUUACAGUUUUAAAAUUUGUUAAAGCUAAGUGCAACACAACUGUUGAAUUGUAAUGCAAUGGCUUAAAACCUACAAUGUUACUUUUACAUGCAAUGUUUUAUGCAAAAUUGUACGCUUGAUCCUGCAAAUUGCUUGUACUUCACCAAUACCAUCGCUUUUCUUCUCCUUGCCCUAAAUAGCAUCCAAAAAUAUUCCAUGCAUGCUUUGGGAGAAAAAAAUAAUAAUAAUAAUUAAAAAAAUAAAAAUAAAAAUAAAAAUAGGUUCAGUCGGCUAUUAUAGGAAAAGACUUUUAUGGUAUCUUAGGAAAUAAUAACCAUUCAUUGAUUAUGUCUACCUUAAAAUUCCUAUAAUGCUGACUUUGAAUCUCUGGUUUAAGUUUAGAAGUGAGGUCUUUCAUUUAAAGGAUUAUGUGUAAUCCACAGCUUGAUCUAGGCUUUCAGGUGCUUUCUGUGUUUUCACUGUAGUUUUGUAGUUGACUGUGGUGUUAAUUUAAAAAAAAAAAUAAAAAUAAUAAUAAAAAAAUAAAUAUAAUAUAGCAUCAAGUCUGUCUGGAAAUGCACGAUUUGCUCUGUGUAUAUUGUAAUUAAAUGGAUAAUGUAUUCUAAGGCAUGUAGUGUCAAACAUAGCCCUUAGGUACGAGGUUUAUUAUUUUUUAUGUCUUCAAAACUGAAUGGAAGUUGUGACAGAAAGCAGGGUUAAAGCAUACCGUUUUGUGAACGUUUUGUUUUGUUUGCUCAGAUCUUCAUGUUAUCCACAAAAAAAAAAAAAAAAAAAAAAAAAAAGUUCUUUCAUAGUCAUUUGUGCCUGAUUUGUCACAUUUAAUAGAGAUUGAAACUAAAUGUGUAAUAAUUUAACUCAUUGAAAAAUCAGCAUUAUAGCAUUAUGGAUAUGAUAAAAGCAUUAAAAGCAUAUAUUCUGUUUCUUAAAACUCAGCUGAUUCAUGUUAAGGAAGUGAAUGCAAAGGAAUUCUUCUUUUCCCAUUAAUGCUGAGUUUCACAAUGCACAGAAAAAUUAAAUAACAUCACAAACUACGUAAUGCAGUGAAUCCAGAUGUACUUGAGAGCCAAGUAAAUAUUCUAAAGCUAACAGAGCUUGAACCCAUGCUGCCUGUUAUGCCUUUUAGUAAAGUGGUACAUCAAAUAAAAAUUAAUAUAUAUAUAUAUUUUUUCCAGUUUCUGCUGACUCCCACUCACCGGUGAAAAUCAAUGUAAUUAACCCAUUAACAUGCUGCUGCCAUUAGUCCAAGUGGCCCAGAGUAGUAUACGAGGAAGUGGUUGUUUAAACAUGUUUGGAACAUUAUGGAUACGCUGCAAGACCAUUUAUUUCUCAGUAUAAUACCCCCCACAUAUUAUUUUAAUACUAACAAAUUCUGUCAGUUAAUUAAGAUCAUGUUCUGAUCUUUCAAACUGUAUAAGGUUUACAUUUAAUAGGAGAAAUGGGGUUAGUAGUGAAAUAUUUUUAUAUAUAUAUUUAUUUUAUUUUAAGCACUAUGAAGAAAUAUUAAUUCACAUGGUCUUUCAGUGAAACCAUAAAUAAUUUUUAAUGACUUUGUAAUAGAGUGGACAAUAUCUAGGCUUUGUAUGUUAAUUAAAAAAAAAAAAAGUGGUACAGGGUAUAAAAUUAUAUAC